AUGUUAAUUGAGACAUUAUACAUAUGGAUAAUCUGGUUGAUAUUAAAAUUACCUCAAUUGGAAAUCAAAGACACCAUCGAUGUUGAAGUUUAAGAUGAAUUUAUGAUAAGGAAUGCUAAAUCUAAAUACUCUCUAUUCCAUUCCUUUUAGGAUAUUUAAGAAAACAAAUCAUAACCACAAUUUAAAGUGAGGCUAACACAGAAUUAUUUGAUUGUAGAUAAUUAAACCAUUAUUGAAUAUGAUAAAGAAUAUUUUAGAGUACAAUAACUGAACAAUGAAGAUCAAAGUGUUUGCCAACUGAAGAGGAAUCACACAUACAUGAAAGAAUUACUAUUGAAUUUUUCAGUCAUUAAUUAUUCUAAUUGUUCAAUCGCAUACAUGGACGAAUAAACAAGAAUUACAAAUAAUGAUAUAAAAUUGUCAUUUACUAAUUGUAAAGAUAUUAAGGUGAUUGAUUAAUUCAAUUAUUUUCAAAAAGGAUAACUCGUUAUUAUUGUAUGCAGAGUAUUGACAGAAGCAAAAAUAAAGAUUCUGUUUUACAACAAUUAUGAAGAAGAUUUCUUAUAACUUUACUCAUAUAAAAUAUCAUUCAAAGAAUUGCCAAAUUUAUUUAUUAGAUAUUAAGCCCAUGAAUCCAAACAAUUUAUUCUGAUUAUAAAUGCUUAUUUGUUACAUUUUACACUUGAUUAAAUUUUUUUUUAUAAGAUUGAUCAAGUUGAUGAAAUCUAAUUUUCAGAGGAUGGGACUUAACUUUAUGCUAUGAGAAAAAGUGUUAUUUAUUAAUUAUUCUUGUAAAAUCCUAAAGUACAAUUACUUGAAUUGGUUGAAUAAUAAAGCAAAAUCAAAAAUAGUAGAAUUCUAGCAUUUAAGUGCUGGAAUCAAGGAAUUUUAGUAUUAACAGAUAAAGGAUAUUUCAAGUAUCUUGAAGUUCAAAAUAGUUAAUAAAUCCAUAAAAUUACAAUAUACGAUGGAAUUGGAGUUAUUAUGAUUAUGAUAACAUUGUUUUCAAUAAAAGUAAAUUAUUUUUGA